CGGACGCGCUCCCGGCGGAGGAGGCGGCGCGCCCGGGGACGGGCUGGAGCCACGUCCUGGGUUUGGGGGCGCUGUGGGCGCCUCACCCGCCGCUGCUCGGCACCGGAGGCCAAGUGAGCGUUCCCGACGGGAUCCGCGGAUGCCCCGCCGCGUCUUGCCGCCCAUCCUGCCCGGAUUGUCGCGGGCCGGGGGCACGACAGGAGGCCGGGGCCUGCUCGGGCGCAGCGGCCUGCAGGGCGCAGCCGUCCCUCCUCCGGCCGGGGUCCCCUUGCUCCGCGGGCGGCCGUGGGAGGCCUUCGCGACAGCCGCUGCCCCCCGCAGAUGCCCUCUGCAGCUCCUGAGUGCGGGCCCCGCUCUGCACUGCCCUCCUCGUGUGGGACCCGGUUUCGUCUUCAUUGCAGCCCUGCCGAGUCGGAAGCAUCUCCAUUGUGCAGAUGGGGAAACUGAGGCCCAGAGUGCGCAGCUGGGCUGGCCACGAAGGCAAGGCCGCCGGAUGCUGUGCGGGGAUGGGGCCCUGCACCGCUUGCGCCUCUCAGCCAUGCGGCCUCAGGCCCCUGGGCCCGGCAGCCUCUCUGGAGUGGGCAUUUUGAAUAAGCGCCCUCCUGAUUUUCACACAAACCUAAGUCUGAAGACCGUGCUGGGGCGGAUGUCUGCCCAUCUGGUGACCAGCUCACAGCUCCCUCGGGAAGACUAUUGACUGGGGAAUGGGGACCCUGGGGAAGGGGCCUUUACGGUGCCAUCUGUCUGUUUACGCCAGAAAACAGAGAUUUCUGUUUUCUUUAGCUGGGCUCACAGCAGGUGCUUAAUAAACAGAUCUUGUGGCGGGAGCAGAGGCCAGCGGGAUUCAGGCAAGACUCCAGGAGUCAACCCCUGGAUCUCAGAGGCUCCCCACCCGCGCACAUUUCCCUGA